AUGGCCACUUCUGAUAAUCGCAAGGAGAACUGUGAGUUGAAUGACCUUGACGGCUUAGAACACCAGACGUCGUAUAUCUAUAACCCUAUAAAUAAGGCUCAUUUCCAGACUGAACGCCCGUCCAAAAGACGUAAAGUGUCUAGCGUGUCGUCAUCGCUGCAUCAAAAUGGUUUGCCCUUUGCACCUCUGCUUGAAGGGGAAGAGGACCCGGAAUCUGUUAAACUACGGUAUAACACGUUUCGCGGAUUCUGGGCUAGCCAGGAGCAGGAAAUCCAGGCUAUACUUCGUGACGUGGACUCCGAUAUUUUGGGGAAUGUGUCUACGUUCGUAGAGCUGACUUCACCUGAAAGCUGUAAUGGACGUAUUCCCGCUGGGUUGAUUGCCCUCGGCUCCAAUAUUUCUUCCAUGGGGCGACUAUUAGUUCGUCUACACGAACAGAUGCAAUCCUCGGACACUGGACAGGUUGUUGCUCUAGAUUCUGGAGAUGCGUCCAAUCUGAAAACCGUUUUGAAGCAUAUCAUUCGAUCUGCCACAAAUGACAAUGAUGGCAAUGAUGGGGAUCAGGGUAUAUCAAUGGACCGGACCGGACCAAAGCCUCUUUCCUAUGAUUUGGAUAUAUUGCAUUAUCAUGUAAAAGAGAAGGGGAUUAAGAAAGUGAUCAUUGCUUUCCGGGACAGUGAAGCCUUUGAUCAAGCUUUACUAGCGGAUCUGAUAUCACUUCUCAGUUCUUGGGUUGAUCGGAUUUCCUUCGUUCUUCUUUUUGGAAUUACUACAUCAGUCGAACUUUUUGAAGCCAGGCUUCCAAGGUCCCUGGUGAAUCUGCUACAAGGACGCAGGUUUGACGUUCAGAACUCUGGUGACUCUAUAGACCGCAUAUACACCAAUCUUCAGAUGCGCCAGGAGGGAACUGUAUGGCUAGGCCAUAACGUGAGCAGAAUACUUUUUGAGAAAUCGAAGGACCAUUUUCAAAGUCCCGAAAGCUUUGGGAAUGGGAUUAAGUACGCAUAUAUGGCCCAUUUCUUCGCCAAUCCAUUAUCUACAUUACUCUCAAAAAGUGCAACAACGACAAGCCUUCAAACAGAGCUAUGCGAAGCAAUCCGAAACAUCCCGUCUUUCCGCACGUAUGUCCAAGGCUUGUUGGAUGACGGAAAAGUGAAAAGAGUACGAAAACUUUUGGAAGACGACAAAUUCUUAGCACAAGUCGCCAGAGACAAUCUUCACGGCGGCCAGGAAAGUGUGAACGCCAUGUUACAUUCCGUUGAAUUUCUCGAAACGGUGUUACGGUUUCUGAACACCACGAAGAUGCCUACGCUUUCCGAACUUAUUAUUCAGGCUCUAGCAGGAGAACUCCUUAGUUCAAAAAUUGUGGGAGAUAUGCUGGAGGAAAUCAAAGAGCUGCCAUCAAAUGCCAUCGAAAGCCUUUUUGCUGCGCUUCCACCCAGAAUUGGGGAUUUGGCUGUUUUCAAGGAGUUACUCCAUAGGCUCCAAUCGCUAGUAAGAUGUAAUAAUGGCAGAGACCCUCUCCACAGCGAGUAUGAUGAUCAUCAUUCAUCCCAUAAAACCACGGUUGUCGGACAGAGAGUCAAACUCACCAAAACCAAAGCAAAACUAUCCAAACAAGAUGCCGAAUACACUGCUUUCGUCGAUGACCUCAGCGCUGCGCUGCAACAUUUCUUAUCUAGAAACCUUAUUUCACCUCAAGAUCUCUUCAUGCACGAGGCAUUUCUCUAUGACUUAAGAACGCCCAUAAAGGAUGUGUUUAAUCCGCGACCUCGUUUCACCCUGGAGCGAGCACUUUCCACGCCAUUUGAUUACCUUGUUUCGGGUGCAAAUUCUGCGGAGGCUGAGAAUACAACGCUCUCUAAACCGUCAAUUUCCAUUCUCUAUAGCCUUUACCUGGAGACCGGCUCUCUUGUCAAUGUCUAUGACCUGUGGCGUGCUUAUUACACUAUAGCAGCGGGGGAGGAUAUAGAAAAAUCUGAUGAGCGUCAAGCAUUGGCACUGUUUUAUCAUGCUUUAUCUGAACUGAAAAUGAUGGGGAUAGUCAAGCAUAGCAAGAAGAAGAUCCACCAUUUGGCCAAAUCAGCUUGGAUGGGUUUGUAA